UACUGGAGGGAUGGGGAAAGGAGGGAGAGAGGAAGAGGGCAACAUGGACAGCAAGGUCUGUGAGGCAUUCCCUCUCUUAAGAGUCAGCAGCUUCCCUCUUAGAGACCAGCCACUCUUCAUCUGUCCCCAGCUUCCAUCCCAGGUAGCUUUCUGUGCACUGCUGCCAAGAGGCUUAACUGGCCAAAAAUGCAUACAUUUAAGGCACUGCAGAUGCCUCCCUUAACUUAUGUUUACUGAAAGAUGUAGGAAUAAGUUCUGAUACCGUGCAUAUGUUCCACAACAAGUGGCAUCUUUUGGAAGGUAAAAAGGCAAAAGUCAAGUGUGGAGUCUAGGCUCAGCAAGUAGGCUGAAGUGGCACUGAGUGAAAGUAAAUAAAAAGCACUGUGAGUGCUGCAGUGUGCAUUUAUAUAUACUGUAAAAGAGAACUAAAAUAUUUCUCAGAGUGAUAAAAAUGUGCAAAACAUGGAAAUCAUUAGCUGUAUAACAGGCAGCAGAGGGUUUUUUUCUGUCUUCCUUAGCAUUAGAAACAGCACCACACGUUUCUGAGCAGUAUUCCCAUGAAAACUUGCAGAUAAGUCCAUGGCAGCACUGACUCUCUCAAAGCUUGUGAUGGGGAGAGAUGCAGCAAUUGCCUUCAUAGGUGGUUGAUGUCCUGUGUUUGGAUACUCCGAGGUACCCCAAGACCAAGGCUGUUAAAGCAAUCUGGCUGAUUUCAGUUUAGCAAAACAGAUGCAAACAAGUGUUCAGCACACUGAAAAAGCAGAUAGAGGAUGAAACUCCUGGUUACCACAGUAAAUAAAGCGGGCGGUUGCACUGAGUGUAGGGCUGUUGCAUUUAAUUCACUAACAAUCACUGCAAUUAGGCACUCGCAGCUCCUUCUGCUUGUUAGUUUCCACGGUGCCUUCCCGGGCUUUGCUGCUGAAUUUAGUUGCAGAGGCCUCUGUGAGGUCUUAGACACAGGCAAAAAAUGCCACAUGGAACAAACCUUUGAUGAAUCUUCACCAGCACCGCAAACUUCAGGAUUUUGUUCUUAAUAUGAAAAAAACCCCCUACAUCUAUUGCAGAACACUGGUGUUUGGCUUAUCUUUCCUUGGAUAAUGAAAGGCAAGAGGUUUGCUGUUAAGAGAGCAACUGAAUUCUCUGGGUUUGACUCUUAAGGCUGUGAGUGAGCUUUUCACACAUCUCGUAGCAAUCGGCACACUGGGUGCCUUGCUAUGGUACAGUGCUUUAAUACUGAGAGGUUUUCUUUCCUUUUCACUACAGCAGAUUUGUUGUGCAGUUGAAAUAGAUUGUGCAGCUCAAGUGUGAGCUGGAGCAUCCUUUGGAAAAAAAAGAAGUAUUUGAGGUACCCUUUGUAGAGGAGAAAGUAUUGGAAGUGUUUCUGACUGAAAUAAAUCUAGAAGAGACAGGAUUUUAUAUUGCAGUGAGGGUUGUUAUCUUCCAUUGUAUUUAAUAUUUUUCUGGAGAUAUGGUAAAUGCUGUCUGGACUAUUAAUAAAUAGGUUUCUUUAGAACCAUUUUUAUCUGAUUGAAUGUCUGUGAUUUCUUAAGAUGGAAGUUUAUAUAUAAUCUCUUUAAAUGGCUUUGUAAACAAAUGUGUUUUAAUUAGUACAGAAUCAUCUUUGGUAGCUUAUAAAAAGUCUUGUAGAGCUGUAAAUAUGUAAUUCCUGACACUUCAGUAAAUGUGUUAGCUUAAAGAGGAGCAAGGCAAGUAUGCUUCAGUACCAGCUUCUACUAAACAGAGUUGGGUAUAUAAUUACAUAAUUACCUACAUUACAUAUGUGGCCAUGAUAUCCAGGACUAUACAAAAUAAUACAAACACAUUGAAUUUUCAGUAUCAUUAAAACAGUUUGCAGGAAAAUUCCUUCAUUGCUGUAGAGCGUGACUGUGCACAGAAUAAAAAGAGCUGCAGCCCUGAAGAGAUGCUGCUUUGUUGUGUCAAGCUCCAGUAAGAAAGGGUUGAAGCUGGAGUCAGAAGGCAGACAGGGUUCCUCACCCUGAUUUUACCUUGGUGGCAGGUGAACCUGAAGUCACAAUGUGGAAAUUUCUACUGCUGCAUUUCUGCAUUUCUUAAGAACUUUGAAAUAAUGAUAACUUUAUGGGUAAUGAUUUUGUCUGUGUUCAUCCUGACCAGUGCAUGUAUCAAAGGAUCCUGAGCUUCUGUUUGCUGAUUCUGUCUAAAACUUGAGUGCUCCCUGCAUGCAGCUUUGGGUCAGCACAGAAUGGGUACACGUGAGAGAGUCAUUCUUCUAAUUUCAGGAGGCUGUGGAGUGAGACCUGGAGGAUGUGCAAGGCGGGCUAAACUCCGGCUAUAUUUGGAACAGCUAAAACAGCUUGUGCCUCUCGGGCCGGACAGCACCAGACACACCACUCUAAGUCUGUUGAAAAGAGCUAAGAUGCAUAUCAAGAAAUUGGAAGAACAGGACCGAAAAGCUCUAAAUAUUAAAGAACAAUUACAGCGGGAACACCGCUACCUCAAGCGCAGAUUGGAGCAGCUAUCCGUGCAGGGCAUGGAGCGUAUCCGCACUGACAGCAUGGGAUCAACAAUAUCCACUGACUCUGAACAAGAAGUAGACAUUGAAGGAAUGGAGUUUACUCCAGGUGAAAUGGACAGUAUUGGAAGUGCCAGUGAUGCUGAAGACCACUACAGUUUGCAAAGCGGUUCGAGUGACGGAGGUUACACACAUUCCCGCAGACUGAAUGCCAGGCUCUCAUAGUGCCUGAGUUACCUGUUCAACUCAGGACCAUCUGACUGAAGCACUUAUAUAUGAAUAUUCCAGAGGUGUCAACUGCCACUCUUCCGGGAAACCCCAACCACAGUACUCUGACAUGGAGGUUUCUUACCCACGGUUCCCUGCACUGUAACCACAAUAUUAGAUAUUGUAAAUCAUGGGUUUGCUGCAGAGAACUGUGGUUAGGUACAGUUGUGACUUAAAGCUAGCUUGAUGUAGCCAUACUGCAAAUUAAAGGAAAUAAAUUAUGUCAUUCCAUUCAAGAAGAAUUAAAUUCAAACUGUUGGAAGCAUGGCGUAAGGGAGUUUGACAGUUAUUUUGAUUUUGCAGAAACCAUUUUUCGAACAUGGAAGAAUAAAUGGAAUCUACAAUGUGUUAGUGAUUCAGAGAUACAAAAAAACCUACUUUUUGUGGUAUUUUUUCAUGAAAAAAAAAACAAACCCCCAGAAUAUUUUGAAUGCUGCAUAGUGGGCUUCACAGAGCAAAUUCUUUCAGCAGUUGUUGUUUGGGUAAAGCAGGCAGAUAAAUCUUCAAAUCUCAGAUGAUCUUUAGAAAAGGUUGUAUUUACAAGUCACUACUGUACUUCAAAACGGGGGAAAAGCCAGCUCUAAUAAUGACUUCAUGUGGGAUGAUCUCAACUUUCUUUUGCUUUUUGUAUUCAGUAUCCAACCAGCAGCAAAUCAUUCUAUCCAUGUUAAUGGGAGCAGUAGAAAGCAACAUGGCAGUUUUAACCUGUUAUCGUGGAAUGGAUGACAUCUGAAGCAUUUCAGUGGUUUUAUGGGUUGUUGUUUUCAUUUCUUUCUCUGAAGAAUACAGAACUCAAGUGAUCCAGUUUGUGAUAGUUAAUCUUUCCUUGCAAGGAAAUGAAAUCUGUUUGCUUGUAUUUUUUUUCUUUUCUUCUAUUUACACAUGUCAAUACAUUUUUAUGGAAGGCAUGGCUUAAGAUUACAGUAUUCAGCUAGAAGAUAAUUAUUUUUUUUCUUUUGCACACUAUAAUUGCAUUUUCUAUUCUUUAAAAAAAGUGCAAAAAAAUUAAAAUGUAUGCUGUAAAACAGCAAAGUUUAUUUAGUACUCAUCAAGCUGUUCAGAACAUAUUUACCCAACUUGUAGCAAUACUAUGAAGAUGUAUUUUAAUACAACUUCUGCUUAGUGAAGUCAUUAGAGCUUGGCUUGCCGGGUAAGAAAAAAAUGGACCAGUCUUUGCAUUACCUGUUUAAAGAAGGUCUUUUAAAAAAAAAUAAAGGAAGGAAAAAAAAAAGGAAAAAAAUUAAAAAUUAAAAAAAAAAAGAAAAAAGCUAUAAACACUUUUAGGGAAGUGAUUUUAGCAAGUGUAGUCUAUAUUUCCUGUAAGAGAUUUUGUAUUAUAUUUUCCUAAAUGUUCUCAUUUACUUGUAUAGGGAGGGGAAUGGUACAGACCCAGACCAGAGUCUCAGGGACUCUUCACCUUUGUCAUAUUGUGCCUUGGUGACCAUUUAUGUAUGCCUCUCCUUUUCAUUGUUUAAAGGACAACUAAGCUUUGUUUCAAGACCCUCUGUUCAAAUGGUCAGUUGUCCACCUUCUUGCAGAUGAAGCAGAGGUGUGUAUUUAUAUCUUCACCCUCUCACAACCGAUUCAGUGUGGCUUUAAGUAAAAUCAUAACAUUAGGUUUUGGUGCGAGGGUUAAUUGUCUUUGUAUGAGCCCUCCCUUGGAUUCUUCAGCACCCAAAUCUAUAUUUUGUUAGCUUAUAAAGUCAGGGUCUCUGUGAGACCAGCGCUCAGUGGCUGAGGAAACACAAACGUACUGUGUAAGGCUAUGGGAUGUCCAAGUGUGGUGCCAUUUUUAGCAUUUGGAUACAAGACCUCAUGACAGACUGACCAUAAUGAUCAAAAACAAAGGUUCAGUUGUUCUUUCAACAUCUGACAUACGUGUCCUCCCUUUGGCUCUUACAACACGGGGUAGAAAUAUGAAAUCAUUUUGUGGCAGCUUACAGAUCCUUGUUUGCACUCUCGCUUACUGCUUGGAACUUGCCAACAAGGAAAACAUACAUUUAAUUUACAUAACCUAAUGGAUGGCCACCCCUACUUUGGCUCUGGGGAGGGGCCUAAGGUUAUCAACUCUGGCAGCUGAAUUAAAAAACAAUUAACAAUUUUCUGUGAUGCAGGUUUUGGUAUUACAUUCUAUACACCUUGCAUAUUACUAAAAUCCUCAUUGUUGGGGAAAGCACACAGCAAUAUACUCAUUGUGUGUAGCUGACAAGCAGCAGAAAUUACUAGCUCCUUUGGUGCAUAUGUAACUAAUUUCCAAAUCAUGGAAAAAAAAAAAAAAGAGUUUACUUUAACACACGACUGUUAACAGGAAAAAAAAAGGCUAGUAUAUUGUUGCUGUUCAUUUAUUAUAUAAUGAACACAUUCAUGGAUUGUAAAGUGUUUCCUUUCAUGACAAGCAGCUCUUGCACAGAACCUCCGAAUGAAAAAAGAUUUGAAACUUACAGAAGGAAAAAACGAGACUUUAAAUUGAACAUUAUUGUACCUUAGGUCAACCUGAAAUUUUCCUUUUAAAGAUGAAUGUGCUAACUUAAUGAGUUCUUCCACGCUGGGUAUCCAUGGCUUUGUAGAUCUUAUAUUUUCAAUAAAAAUUACUCGAAUAAUCUUGAGUGGAAAUAAAAAGGGUUUAUUUGUUUUUACUUUUUCAGUUAUUACAGCUGGGAGCUAUUAUGCUGGUAAAGAAAAAUGACACCAUACUGCCUGUGUCAUUCUCCCUCAAGCGCAGCCCAGUUUAAGGUGGAAUUUUCAGGCACAGCUUCCCCAGACAGCAGCAGCCCAGUUAGAGGCAAUGGCACAACAGUUCCAAGUGUUGGGCUUGGUGGCUGGUCUGACCCCCCCCAGCAGAGCUGCAGUCCCACAGGUUUAGUUGAGACUCUGACAUUCCUUCAGGGACACAAUUCUCCUGCUACUGAGCAGCCAGUGCAGCGCUACCUGUGGCCGUAACCCCGUGGGAUGCAAAGUGUGUUAUUGUUAUUAAUUUUUUUAAGCUGGACAUUUGUGCGUGCAUCUGUGUGUGCACACAACUGUACCUGUAACCAUGACAGGACUGCAAAAAGCAAACUGUUGGCUGCAAGAUUAAAUCCUGCCACCACCUCGGCAGCUCUGCCAUGUUGUGUCCUGACGGUGCUUUUAGCAGGCGAGGAGGUACCAAGUGCUCAGCUCAUCUUAAUUCCCCUGCAAUUAGCACAUUGGAAAAGAAGGAGUAGAGGCAAGAUUACAGGGCUGCUAGGUCUUUUCCUCUGUGGAAAGGGCUCUGGAGAGAUGAAGUCAUCGAGAAGUUCUUUUUAUGGAGACAUGGAGGUUUGGCCUGUUUCCUGAGGGGAGAAGAAAGGCUUUCCCUUGCAGCAGGCAGGUGUCGGGAGGAUACGCACCUCCUCACUGCUCCUGGAUUAGCGCUUCCUCCAGCUCCAGGAGUGCACUCUGUCAUCACCGCAGAGAGGCAUAAAAAAACAGCCUAAAAUUGUUAGUUUUUUCUGCACAAUUCUCCACUGUAAUUCAGGGGAUGAAUCCUCCUUCACAUCCAAUCUCUCUGCCCAACUUGUACCCUGCCAGGCCCAUUGCAGCUGAUUUAUUUAUCUUCUGAAAAGAGCAGGUUUGGCAGUAGAAACUCUUCAACACAUUGUUAACCAGAGACUGGAUCCUGUAUUGUCUUGAGCAAAGGACAAACUCGGUUCAGAGAGUUUUACUGGAUUAAAUCAGAAAUAAUAAGCCCCCUAAAAAUCCAUGAGAAGGCUAGUUUUUCAUCUGGUGUUUGUAGAUCAGUUUCUACCCUAAUUUAUUAGUGUAAGCUUUGGGAUGAAAAAAAAAAGACUUAAAAUCUAACACAACUUGCAUCUAACUUAUAGAAUUAAGACUGUGUGUUACUUUUUUUGACAUGGAUGAGUAUGGAUUCAGCUAUACCACACGCAGCCCACCAACAUUUAGUAUUAAAAAAAAAAAGUGAAAAAAAAUUCUGAGCAUCCAACUGUACCCAUUUCAGCACAUGAACUUAAAUGCCAAAAGAGGAGAACUGAGAAACGGAAAGAGGUGGUGACUGUGGGCUCUGCCUGCAGACCUACUUCUGCUUUUCCUGGAGGUACUUACAGCAGUCUCUGCUCCCGGAACAGGUGAUUAUUUCACCAUUUUACCAACUUUUUGGCAGACUGGUAAUUAGCGGUGAAAUUUUUGAUCCUCGCAGAGCAGCCCUGUGGAGAAGAAAUAUUUUUGAAAACAGCCACAUCAUCACAGUUUUUAAUUAAGUAAUAUUAAUUUUAUACACUUCAUUUUAUGAUGGCACUGAUAAAGGAAUGUUUGCAAAACAAAUUACUCUUUCAGAAACCUGUUGUGUUUUUUUUUUUAACUGGUAGAGGCCACUGUCUUGUGUGCUAUGAGCCAGUAACAGUGCACUAACUUGCACUUUCCAAAAUUGGUGGAAGGAUAAUUGAAUCUCUUUAGAUACCCUUUAAGGAAGAGCUGUACUCCCUACAAAUACUAAUGGGGCAAACACACCAGAAAUUAAUUUCACCAGCAAUGAAAUGAGCCAAUUUGCUUAAGUGACUGCCUAAAAGCACUGUUCUUAAUUGGUAGCUGCAAAGAAAACAUUCAAGUGUGUUCUGUAACCACCCAGAAUUAAAAUCCAGGGGAUAUAUGAAACAGAAAAGUCCAGAAACCAUUUGGUCAUCUUGACUGUUCUCUCUGCCUGAAGUAUUGUAAAUAAUCCCAGGAAAGGAUUCCUAGGAAGGCAUGGCCAGCCAGAGGCUGGCCCACUGGCAAAGCAGAGGGAAGGCACCCCAAUUUCAGAAUUUCUUUCUUCCAUUUUGCACGAGAGGCAUAAACUGUGGUUACACGGGAUUUAUGGCAUUGGAAGGGUCUGUGCAAUACGGAUGUUUAAGUGAUGAAACUUUGGUGCAGGUGAAGCACUGACUGAGAGCCUUCUGCUGCUUAAUGGUGAAAUUGUUACCUAAAGGUGUUACGAGUGGGUUCUGUGCCAGAGCCUCUGGGUCCCAGAGCCAAAGGAGUGGUUCAUAGUUUGUGAGAUGCAUUUUACUGUAUUAUACAGAUUCAUUUGUACGCACGUACAUGGCGCUUGCUACGUUCUGUAGCACACGGAGUACUGUGUUGUAUCAUUAUCUCGUCAUAAUAUAAAUACAAAUUUUUAUACCUUUU